AUGACCGCAAAUAACUCUGUCAACAAAGUACAUUAUUGGACGAUUGGUGCUAUUAUAAUGCUCCUUGGAGCAGUAAUUCUACUAAUUUGCUCAGGCUUAGCAUGGACUGUUACAAUCUGUAGAAUCAGUAAUCAGUGUGAUCAAUGUAAACUAUUAAAUGUUGGCCAGAAAUGUCUCAAAGAUGAACAAUAUGAGCAUUUAUUCUGUAAUACGACUGAUAAUCGUAUUAAUAUCUAUGAGAAUUCAUACUUAUUUUGCGAUACAAGAAAGAAUGAAUUAAUUGCAAAGCGUUGUGCAUCUGAUGAGCAUUUUGUAAACGGAACUUGUUUGAAUAAUCAUCAACAUCGUAAACGACGUGAAGUUGCCGGAUCCGGUCGUGUUGGUGAUUACUGUUCCGUCAAUGCAGAUUGCUUGAAUGGAAUGUUUUGUUCAGUUGGUGCUUGUACAUGUCGAAGUAAUUUUGUUACCAUUCAUGGAUAUUGUUAUCUCAAGAAAAAUAUUGGUGAAAAUGGUUGCCAGUACUCAGAACAAUGUAAUUCGGCAUGGCCUGGUGCACGUUGUGUAGAAAAUAAAUGUGAAUGUCCAUCUGAUAUUAAUGGAAUUCCAUAUGUGCAAGCACAUACUCGUGAUGGUACUAUUUGCAUUCUAUUAUUUGGCGAUGAUGAUGAUCCGGUGCCGAAAUGUCCAUUACCGGAAUAUGAUGAUGACUUAUUAGCAAUGCCAAUAACACAACUUCGAAAUCCAGCAAUGACUGAUCCAGAUGAUGAUGAUAUUUUAGCAGGCGAACAAAUUAAUCCGUUGCAAUUUUGUUCUUCAACAUCUACCGAUUACAAUACAUUUGUAGCAAAUGGUGGUGGUGCAUGUACCUAUGCCACUGAACCGUAUCAACCGGAAAAUGGAAUUUACAUUGCCGAUAUUUACGACUGUGUAACGGUACCAUUGAAUAAUGUGAAAUUAGCAAUGAAAGGUAUUUACAAUAUUCAUCCGCAAGCAGAUGGAAUUUGUUGUCCAAAUCGUGCAUUUACUUGUAUGCAACCAAAACGUGAAGCAAAAUUAAAUGUGAAAGAAUCAGCUGGCGUACGACCACGUUGGUGGUUUAAUUCUGUAACCGGUAUAUGUGAACAGUUUAUGUGGGAUCCAUGGGAUGAAACGGAAGUACAAUCACCUAAUAAUUUCAAAACUCGUGAACAUUGCGAAUCAUAUUGCAAAGAUAGUUGCAAACGUGGCGCCCCGGAAUAUUCAGUGGGGCGCAUUUUGAACGAAGAGGAACCAAUCACUAAUUGCCAAACAAUAAAUUCAUGUUCAACCAAUUUUGAAUGUAAAGCAAAUGAUUGGAGAGAAGUUUGCUGUCCAAGUGUUACAAGCAUAUGUAGUAUUGCUGGUGGACGUCCACUUGACCCUUCUCGUCAUACUAAUUUUGACCCCGGUUACAGUAUGAAAAGAAUGUUUAAUUUAAACUUCGAGAAAUCUCGCCGUUAUUACUAUGAUUCGGAACAAGGCCGCUGCACAUCAUUUACAUACAAUGGCGCAUUGGGUAAUUUCAACAAUUUCAAAUCAUUGUCUGACUGUGAAUUAUUCUGUGAAAAACUUCAAUGUAAACAUGGAACAGCGUUAAAAAUUCGACAGGUCACUCAGCGAUGUAAUCGUAAUAGCCAUUGUCCAAGCACACAUGAAUGUCAGAUGGACAAUAAGAUUUGUUGUCCGAAACUUCAUGCAAUUUGUUCACAACCAUUACGACUCGGAAAUUGCAAGGAAAAUAUACGACGAUACUGGUAUGAUGCGGUAAAUCAUGCAUGUCAAAUAUUUAAUUAUACUGGAUGUCAAGGCAAUGAUAAUAAUUUCGAGACAUUAUUAGAAUGUCAAAAUACAUGCAACAAUAUUAUUCCAAAACCGCGAUGUCCACAAGGAGAUGCAUACAAGGAUAAUAAAGGAAAUUAUUUUAUUUGUUCCGAUUCUAAUAGCGCCAAAACAUGUCCAUCAAAUUAUGAAUGUCACUUUGAUGGGAAUUUGUGGAGUUGUUGUCCAACGAGAGAAUAUACAUGUCAAGUAUCAUUUAGUAAAGGUGUCACUUGUGACAUUCCUUCAUCAUAUCGCUAUUUUUACAAUUCACAAAUACAAGAAUGCGAAAAUUUCCUUUAUAAUGGUUGUGGUGGAAAUUCAAAUAAUUUUCAAUCAUAUGAACAAUGCGAAAGUUAUUGCAAUGAUAGAAAAUGUCCAAAUGGUGGUAGUCCAAAAAGAAAUGAAUUUAAUAAACAAAUAGACUGUUCAUCAACCGUAUCCUGUCCAAAUACUCAUGAAUGUACAUCACUUACUUCCGGAAAUAGUAUUGUGAAUAGAUGCUGUCCAAAGCGAGCAUAUAUCUGUUCUUUACCGCCUCACCAAGGUAAUUCAUGUGGUACGUCAGUGGUUACACGUUUCUAUUUCAAUAUAGCCAGUAAGGAAUGCAUCGAAUUUACGUACAAUGGUUGUGGCGGUAAUUUGAAUAAUUUUGCUACUUUCGAGCAAUGCAACAACUUCUGCUUAUCAUCAGCGUGCGCAUCAGGCGAUAUCGUUCACGUAAAUCCAAGUACACACAUGCAAUUGGAAUGCAGAAGUGACGUAAGCAAUAGUUGUCCCAAUAAUUUUACGUGUACCUAUGAUGAGCUUUUCGGAAAAAAUGUAUGUUGUGGUGCAACAAAUAUGGAGGUUUGUCCAAGUGGUGAAAAAGCAUAUAUGAAUGCAUUUAAUAUGAGUGUUCGUGAAUGCUUAAUAAACAUUAGUACUUCAUGCCCUGAUUACUACCUAUGUCGUUUUCAUAUGCAAACAAAUCGUUACUAUUGUUGUGCAUCUAUCAACGAAGACAUAUGUCCGAGAGGGAGAGCAGUUUACAAAGAUCAGUCAUCGAAAUUGCCAAUUCGUUGUAUAAUAAGUAGUGGAAGUAAUCAAUGUCCAGUGGGAUACAACUGCUUUUCAGAUGUGCCAGGAGCUUUACAGGGUUAUUGCUGUUCAUCAAAUUAUUUAUGUCCAAAUGGUGCAAAAUUUUAUUCCGAAAUUAUUAGUAAAAUGCCACGUUCAUGUCAACUUAAUUCACCAUUUAUCACCUGUCCUAUUGGUUAUACAUGUCAAAAUGCAGAAACCGAAUUAAUGACCGGUUAUUGUUGCGAAAAUGAUAAUACAUCAGUUUCCGAUGGUUGUCCUCCAAAUAAAUAUGUUUAUAUGAGAGAUAAUGAAGUGAUUUCCUGUGAUCCAUUUAAUUCAUUAACAAAUGUUUGUCCGAGAGGUUACUCAUGUCAGUGGUCAUUACCAAAACGACGUUAUCAGUGUUGUGGUAAUGCAUCAAUGCUUGCAAAUAAAAUCACUAAAACUUGUCAAGAAGGCGAAUUGCUAAUAGCAGAUGAAUGUUUGGAACGAAGUGAGCCAGGUGAUCUUUGCAUAGAUGAUAAGCAAUGCCUAGGUGGUUCCAGGUGUAAAGAUGGCAUUUGUGAAUGUAUCAAUGGAUAUAUCAUUUAUCAUGGCAAAUGUAUUAUCAAAGAAGCAAAAAGUGCUAAAAUAAAAUGUUCAAUUUCAAGUCAAAUACCAUACUAUGAGAAAGGAUCUAAAAAGGUUCGAUAUUGUUCAAACUUAAAGAAUAGUUGUCCAAAAGGAUACAGUUGUCAAUUUAGUCGUGAUGCUGGACGAAAUAUUUGUUGUGGUCAUUUAUCAGGUAUCAGUAUUAUUGGUAGAAGUAAUAGUAGUAGUAAAUCAACGAUAAAUGUUCGAAAUCAUUUCAAAGUUUCCGUCGAUAUUUGCAACGAUGGUACCCCGUAUAUGCUAAAAGGAAUACCACAAACUUGUACUAUGGCACCUUGUCCGAUUGGAUUUGAUUGUAUUUUUAUUAAAAAAGCACAAAAUUAUUUCUGUUGCAAAAGGAAAAUUAAAGAAGAGGUGCAAAAUGAUGGUUGUCCUUCCGGAACAGCACUUCUUUUUCCAACAACCGGAACACCGUUACAGUGUAAUAAUGCAAAGCAAAGUUCGUGUCCUAAUGGUUAUCGUUGUCUCAGAUCUAUUAAAAAUAACGGAUAUCAAUGCUGUACCUCAGCUUACAAUCCUUUUUCAAGAUUUUAUCAAACCUCGAUCAAUGCGAUAUCAUGUCCAGGAAGUCAAGUUCAAGUGAGACGAUACAUGAAUGGUCAAUAUUUAAAUCUUUGCGAAGAUCAUUGUCCAAUUUAUCAAAUCGCAGUUAAUGGUUUCUGUAAGAGUCUGGCUGAUUUGAUAUAA